AUGGAAGACUCGGGCGAUACUGCAAAAAAGCGUCAUGUGGACGACGAAGAGCAUGACGAUCACGACGGCCCGGAGCCUGAGGACAAUCAGCAAGGCUCGACAAGAAAGCGUCAGAGAGUGCGGCUUUCAUGUCUAGAGUGUAGACGGAGGAAAUUGUCAUGCUCAAGAGAGCUGCCAUGUGAUCGCUGUGUCAAAUCCGGAACUCCUGAGCGGUGCAAUUAUGAGCCAAGACCCGGCGGUCCACCGGCAGCCACAGCAUCGACCGCGGCGAGGAACACAUUCGUUCCACCAGAAAGCCCUUUUGUGCCUAUUGUCGGAGAGGGGCGCCGCCCAAACAACAAUCAACCCCCAAUUCGCCCACUAGUCGAUACUGUUGUUUUGAGAGACACAGCACGGGAUCAUGAGCGUAUCCGAAAGUUAGAGCUUGAAGUUGCUCAGCUAAGGAGUGUUCUGACCAAGCAGUCAUCGAUGGAUGGUAGCACCGUCGCUGCUUCGCCUUCAACAAAUCGAGAUGUGGCCAAAGAUACGCCGCCGACAUUCUGUCCUCACCCAAGCGCUACUUUCAUGAACCCAGAUGAAAUUGCGCGGAUGAAGAGCAGAUACAAUGCAAUGUGCUUCAGGAGUAGAUAUUGUGGCCCACACAAUGCUUGGUCAUCACUCAAGGAAAUCACUGGCAUAUCCCAAUUUAUGAAAGAAACUGCAGAUCAAUGGUUGCGACCUCUGAACAUUCAGAAAAAGGACCGAGAGAAAGGACAUCAAGACCGCGAAAAGAAGUUUGCCGAACCUGAUCCCGCGUUAGAAGCUCUUUUGCCCACGAAAGAAGAAACAGACUCGUUGCUCGCGGUUUACUUGGACCAAUUCGAACAGCUUUAUCGCAUUGUUCACAUUCCGACUUUUAGGAAAGAAUACGAGUCAUUCUGGGACCCCAAUCAUACAAGACCCGCUUCAUCUACCGUUCUUGUAUUAUCGAUGAUCUCAGUAUCCUGUUGCUUAGGCAUGCAAACUUCCAGCAAGUUCAUUGGAGUGAAAUCGAGUGCCUAUGCUAUGGUUGAAAAAUGGGUUAAGGCGUGUGACGCGUGGACCAGCCGACAGAGUCACAAGCACCGUGUUUUGGUGCAUUACCAGAUUGAGUGCCUUCUGUACCUUGCAAAGAAGGUUAAUACCAUCAAGAAGAAGCGAUUCUGGGCCACAUCUGGUGGGCUUGUUCAUAAUGCGAUUUCGAUAGGGCUACAUCAAGAUCCUGACACCAUCGCCCCCGAAAUCAGCGCGUAUAAUAAAGAGAUGAGAAAGCGAAUUUGGUCAACAAUAGUUGAGUUUGAUCUGCAGACAUCAUUCGAUUUAAGGGUUCCAACUUUGCUUAGUCAGGUCCACAUCGAGACAGACGCCCCUAGAAAUAUUGACGAUGAUGGUUUCAGCUCAGACUCUGCAGAGCUCCCCGUUUCACGGCCACGAUCAGAGUACACUUUCUCGUCAUAUGUUCAUUUCAGUCGCCAAAGUCUUCCAGUCCGACUGGAGAUAUGCAAGAUUCUAACAGGCCCUCCAGUUGACCUGGAUUGGGAGCAGGUUCACCAAUACACUGACAUGAUCACCCAUGAGAUUGACGCGUUGCCCGCUUGGGAUCUAGAAUCCGAUCAAGGAUCUGGUAUUUCUCAUAAGCCGUCUCUUGCGUAUACGUUAUUGCAUAUCCAGCUCAGGCAAUUCCUCAUACCUCUACAUCAACCGUUUCUCAAAUUACGAAAGAGCCAUUCCAAGUAUCAGACAUCAGAGUUUAUCUACUAUACUGCUGCGCGUGACUUGGUUAUGAUGCACGAUCGUCUCUUCCAGAAAGGUAUCCGAACUCUAUACUUUCUUCGCGAGGACUCAAUCAGUGCGGCAAUGAACUUGUGUCAUGUGGGACUUCUCCAACCGAAAGGCUCAACCUCACUUAUUAACUCAAAUAAUAAGGAGACCCUCCAACUGAUUGAAAAGUGCAUCGCUUUGAAGGAAGAUCGUGUCUUGAGAUGCGGCAACAAUGAUCCUUGGGGCUACUCUAGCAUGUGUGCCGCAUACGGGCUACUUGAAACCCAUUUGGAUCUGAAAACUUCUCAAGAUGCGAAAGCCCAUGCCGCCGAACGCUUCAUUAGUCUACAUUACAAGCUUCUCUCAUAUCAAGUACCUCUGGAAGGGCAGCAGGAGACGCAACCUAAUGGUAUUGCCCAACAGGCGUCCUCAACUCAGCACAAUGAGAAUGUUGCCAUGAGUGUAUACUCAACUAGCACACCAAUGUCUACGGCACAAUUGGGGGCUACGCCGCCUAAUCGCGACGGCUUGCCACUAUCUAUACCUUGGGGGAUUCCACCUCCGGAUCCUAGUCAGCUGCUUAUACCGAAUCCUGAUUUCAAUUUUGAGUUAUUGGGUUCAGACUUGAACGAUUUAUGGGGGAUCUGGAACACGACAGAGUAUGUAUGA